AUCUAUUUUGCAGAGAUGAAUCGGGUUCUGUGCCUGCUGGCCGCAGGUCUUUACCUGUGCUUACAGGUGGAUGCUGAAUCACAUUUGAGCAGGAGUGACAUUGAAAGGGCUGUGAGCGCUGCCAUGGCCAAUGUGGACUCAGUUUAUGAGUACUCUAGAAGAGAGAGCCUUGAUCGUGUGAGGAGGAAUACAGCGAAUCCUUCAGACAUCCUGAGGUUGAUGAAGCAGCCUGUUGGGCCAACCCGUACUGCUGUGCGUGCUGCUGACUAUAUGGAUAAUGCUGUUAAACUGAUCAAGAGAUCUUUGGAAAGACGUGAAAAACGCUCCAUAAAUGCCACAGAUCUGAUCUCUGACGAUGAUUUGAAGGUCAUUGCUGAUCUGACAGGCUGCUCUGCCCAAGUCCGUAUCCCUUCCUGCAGGACAACUCCCAAUUUGGACAAGUUUCGCACUGGAAGCAGCAACUGCAACAACAAAGAAAACAGCCGCUUAGGAUCCUCCAACACACCUUUCGCCCGCUGGCUCCCUGCUGAGUACCAGGAUACAAUCUCUCUGCCUAAAGGCUGGGACUCUGAGCAAAAAGUCAACAGUUUUCUUCUUCCUUUGGUAAGGGAAGUGUCCAACAGAAUUCUGAGCACAGCAAACGCUGAUGUAGAGAGCGAUCCACUCUACACUCUUCUGGUGACAUUCUUCGGCCAGUGGACUGACCAUGACCUUAGCCUUACUCCUCAGUCUCCUGCCAUCCGCUCAUUCAGUAAUGGUAUUAACUGUGACCAGGGCUGUGAACGCACAGAGCCCUGCUUUCCCAUUCAGUUUCCCAGAGACGACCCCCGCGUUGGGGAGCAGUGCAUCCCCUUCUUCCGCUCAGCACCAGCUUGUGGUUCUGGAAACACAGGCUACAUCUUUGGUGCAAGCAAUGUCCGUCAGCAGAUAAACUCUCUCACGGCUUACAUUGAUGCGGGUCAGGUGUACGGUGAAGAGGAUAUCAAAGCUCGCUUCCUACGCGACCUCACCUCAGAUAAGGGUCUGUUGAGAGUCAACACACAGUUCACUGACAACGGCAAGGAGCUCCUGCCCUUCUCCAGCUCGACGACCAACGUAUGUGCUACCCGGGCCCGCAUUACUAAUAACACAAAUGCACAGGAGGUGCCCUGCUUUGUGGGUGGUGACGAACGCACCAAUGAGAAUAUUGCUCUGACCUCUUUGCACACACUGUUUGUGCGUGAGCACAACCGUCUGGCACGUGCUCUGGCCAAUCUCAAUCCUCAGUGGGACGGAGAGAGACUCUACCAGGAAGCACGCAAGAUCAUGGGAGGAUAUAUGCAGGUUAUCACUUUCAGAGACUACUUACUUCACAUUGUUGGUCCAGACUUCAUUGCCAAGCAGCUGUCCACCUACCCUGGUUAUGAUAAAAACGUGGACCCUAGCAUCUCCAAUGUGUUCGCUACCGCUGCCUACCGAUUUGCUCACCUGAUGAUUCAGCCAUUCAUGUUUCGCCUUGAUGAGCAAUACCAGGAACACCCUAAAUUCCCCAGCCCAUUGCUGCACAAAUCCUUCUUCGCACCGUGGAGGGUCAUCUUUGAAGGUGGUUUGGACCCAAUCAUCAGGGGCCUGGUGGGUCAUCAGGCCAAGCUGAACACGCAGAAUCACAUGAUGACUAAUGAGCUGAGGGACAGGCUGUUUAAAUUUUUCGCUAAGUUGGCGAUGGAUCUGGCAUCCCUCAACAUGCAGAGAAGCAGAGACCAUGGAUUACCUGGCUACAACAAAUGGCGUGGGUUCUGUGGGCUGUCACAGCCACAAAAUCAGUCAGAGCUGGCAAAUGUGCUCAACAACACCAAUCUGGCCAAGAAACUGAUGGAUCUCUACGGAACACCUGACAACAUCGAUGUGUGGCUGGGAGGAGUGGCUGAGCCGUUUGUCCCAGGAGGAAGAGUAGGACCCUUGCUUGCAUGCUUGAUUUCCACUCAGUUCCAGAGAGUCCGCCAGGGAGACCGACUUUGGUGGGAGAACGAGGGAGUCUUUACUGAGGCCCAGAGGAGGUCCCUGAGAGAAACUUCACUUGCUCGCAUCAUCUGUGACAACACUGGUAUCACUGAUGUACCAGAGAAGCCCUUCCAGUAUCGGCCCCGAGGGUCCGGUUACACCCAGUGCGAGAGCAUCAGUGCCUUUGACCUGAGUCCAUGGAGGGAGAAUGGACCCAGUGGUCCAAAUGGUCUGAGUGGUCCCCCUGGACCACCUGGACCUCCAGGACCUCCUGGACCUCCUGGACCUCCUGGCACCGUGGAAAAAGUUGCCUUCUCUGUGAGACUGGGCAACAACUACCCCGAAACCGGCGUGCCCAUGAUCUUCCGAGAGGUCAUCUACAAUGGACAGAACAGCUAUGACAUCAGGACAGGGUAUUUUACGUGUGAGUAUCCAGGUGUUUAUGAGUUCCAGUUCCACGGGAUCAUCUUCAACAACGCUGGCAGUGUGGAUCUGAUGCGUAACGGAGAGCGGAUUCUGCACUCAUUCACCACCCAGCAGAGCGGUUACAUCACAGCCAGUGGCAGCACGUACAUUAAGCUCGAGAAGGGAGACAGCGUCUAUCUGGUGGCCAACCAUGGUGGCAACGGUCUGACCCGUGACAGCUUCUUCUCAGGGCAUCUACUGUUCACUGAGUAGGAGACUGUUCUUUAUACAGCUGUUGAACCAUAAUAUCCUCUUAAUACUGUGAAAAUAAUCUGUUUUAGUCAGUUAUUUAAGUCUAAUAAGCACUCCUUAAAUGCUACCAAAAGGAUGAGAUAAUUCCACUUUCCACUUAACAUUUGCAGUUCUCUGCAUUGCACUAGGAUUAAAGGUGCUCUAAAUUAUUCUGAUUUUACCUUUUCUCAGGUUUAAGUUAAGCAGAGCUAUGCUGAGAGUUUGAUGAAGUCACCAGUCUCUACUAACAUGAAUCAUAAAUGUGGAAAAGUUCUAAAGCAAUUGAAGACAUGCUAACAUCUUAAAAUAGACAUUUUUGUAUAGUGGAGCUUGCUGACAGAAAAACACAAUGUUUAAAGACGUGGCAUUAAUACUGUGACAACUACCUGACUUUAU